CCACCCUCCUCUGUUCUAAACCAAUCUCAGCUCUCCAGGAUUUUUCAGAUUGUUCACUCUCUCCUUCAAUCUUCUUCCCCAGAAAAAAAUGGUUGUGAUCAACAGCCUCCGACGCUUGGCUCGUACCACUCAGGUUAAUUUGCACAGUAGGUAUGCAACAACAUGCAUGUCUGGGAACUCUACUUCUAGGAGGAUCUUCACUACUGAGGCAUCACCUGAGAAGCAAAACGUAGCUGGGUCUAAGGGACAUGAUAUGCUUGCACCUUUUACUGCUGGAUGGCAGAGUGCUGAUGUAGAUCCCUUGAUCAUUGCCAAGUCUGAGGGAAGUUAUGUGUAUGAUGACAAUGGUAAAAAGUAUCUUGAUUCUCUCGCUGGUCUAUGGUGUACUGCCUUAGGAGGAAAUGAGGAACGGCUUGUUUCUGCAGCUGUUGAGCAGUUGAAGAUCUUGCCAUUUUAUCACUCCUUUUGGAACCGUACUACUAAACCUUCUCUGGACCUUGCUAAGGAUCUUUUAGACAUGUUCACGGCCAACAAAAUGGCCAAAGCAUUUUUUACAAACAGUGGAUCAGAGGCCAACGAUACUCAGGUAAAGCUUGUUUGGUAUUACAAUAACGCACUUGGAAGGCCCGAGAAGAAAAAAUUUAUCGCUAGAAAGAAAUCGUACCAUGGCUCCACUCUUAUAUCAGCAAGUUUGUCCGGCCUUCCAGCGCUACACCAAAAUUUUGAUUUACCUGCACCAUUUGUGCUGCACACAGAUUGCCCUCAUUAUUGGCGUUUCCAUCUUCCAGGUGAAUCAGAAGAGGAAUUCUCAACCAGAUUAGCCAAAAAUUUAGAGGAUCUUAUCAUCAAAGAGGGGCCAGAAACUAUUGGUGCUUUUAUAGCUGAACCAGUUAUGGGUGCUGGGGGUGUGAUACCUCCACCUGCUACAUACUUUGAAAAGAUCCAAGCUGUUGUUAAGAAAUAUGAUAUCUUGUUCAUUGCUGAUGAGGUGAUAUGUGCAUUUGGAAGGCUCGGGACAAUGUUUGGCUGUGACAAAUACAACAUCAAGCCACAUCUUGUGUCCUUAGCUAAGGCACUCUCUUCAGCAUAUAUGCCGAUUGGAGCCAUUCUUAUGAGUCAAGAAGUGGCAGAUGUCAUCUAUUCCCAAAGCAACAAGCUAGGUGCUUUCUCGCAUGGGUUUACUUAUUCUGGUCAUCCAGUUUCAUGUGCCGUAGCAAUUGAAGCAUUAAAGAUAUACAAGGAGAGGAACAUACCAGAGCAUGUCGCCAAAGUUUCCCCAAGGUUUCAAGAUGGUCUUAAAGCUUUUGCCUCUAGUAGUCCUAUUAUUGGAGAGAUAAGAGGAACAGGAUUGAUUCUUGGGACUGAGUUUGUAGACAAUAAAUCUCCGAACGAGCCAUUUCCACCAGAAUGGGGUGUUGGCGCAUACUUUGGAGCCGAGUGCCAAAAGAGAGGGAUGUUAGUCCGUGUUUCAGGUGAUAGCAUUAUGAUGUCUCCACCACUCAUUAUCUCACCUGAAGAGAUCGACGAGCUGAUUUCCAUCUACGGGAAAGCAUUGAAGGAAACGGAAAAGAAAGUAGCAGAACUAAAGGCUCAGCAAAAGAAAUAAGAAGCAGAGUCUCUAAAUGAUGUUGAUGAAAAAGAUUUUUCUUACAUUCUGUCAUCUUUCCUUGAAUUGUUUGUCACUAGCUUUGCACAAUUCAAUAUAUAUGCAUAAUAAAGGUUCCAGCUUUACUAGUUCCUAUUUUA